UGUCUUAACAAAAGUACUUCAGUUUCCAACAUGGCACCAGGGAGGUGAGGACGGGUUCAGUUUUGUUUUCCCGGCUACAUAUCAUUCCAUAUUAUGUGAUAACCGAUUUUUGUCUUGCCGAAUAUCGAACUUAUAAAACCAUGGCAGGAACAAUGCCGUCAGAAAUAACAAGUGAUAUUAAGAAACCCGAAGAUGUGGUGCGAAUGGACAUGAAUGAUAACUUAAAGUUUGCUGUUCUUAUCGGGCUGGUUGAAGUUGGACAAGUGACAAACAGAGAAGUUGUAAACACUGUAUUGCAUUUGUUGGUGGGAGGUGAAUUUGAUAUGGAAUUGAACUUUGUCAUACAAGAAGCAGACAAUAUUAAAUAUAUGUUAGAAUUGCUUGAUCACUGUCAACCAAAUCUUCAGGCCGAAAUUUGGAGUGUUUUUAUUGCAAUUUUGAGAAAAAGUGUUAGAAAUCUUCAAGCCUGUACUGAAGUGGGAUUAAUUGAACAUGUUCUCCAUAGGUUGCCUCUGGCUGAUGCUGUUGUCGCAGAUCUACUCAUUGAUAUGCUUGGAGUUUUGGCUAGCUACAGUAUUACAGUUAAAGAGUUAAAACUGUUAUUUGGGUCAAUGAAGGCUACAAAUGGGAAAUGGGUGAGUCCAAGGCAUUCCACCAAACUGUUAAGUGUUAUUCGACAAAUGCCUCACAGAAAUGGUCCAGAUGUAUUUUUUAGUUUUCCAGGCAAAAAAGGAUCAGCUCUUGUUUUACCUCCACUAGCUAGGUGGCCUUAUGAAAAUGGUUUUACUUUCACUACCUGGUUUAGAUUAGAUCCUAUUAAUUCUGUAAACAUAGAAAGAGAGAAACCUUACCUGUAUUGCUUUAAAACUAGUAAAGGUAUUGGCUACUCGGCACAUUUUGUAGGAAACUGUUUAGUUUUAACAUCCAUGAAAAUUAAAGGAAAGGGCUUUCAGCAUUGUGUUAAAUAUGAGUUUCAACCUAGAAAGUGGUACAUGAUAGCAAUUGUGUACAUUUAUAACCGGUGGACAAAAAGUGAAAUUAAGUGCCUUGUUAAUGGACAGCUAGCUUCCAGUACUGAAAUGGCUUGGUUUGUUUCUGCUAAUGAGCCUUUUGAUAAAUGUUAUAUUGGAGCUACACCAGAGCUUGAUGAAGAGAGGGUGUUUUGUGGUCAAAUGUCUGCUGUGUAUCUCUUCAGUGAGGCAUUAUCAACACAUCAAAUCUGUGCCAUGCACAGACUUGGUCCUGGAUAUAAAAGUCAGUUUCGAUUUGAUAAUGAAUGUCAUCUAAGUUUACCUGAAAACCACAAGAGGGUGAGUGAUGAGUCUUCUGAUCAACAAAGCACGUCACCUGUGAUUUCUGUACUUUAUGAUGGUAAACUUUCAAGUGCUAUCGUUUUCAUGUAUAACCCUGUGGCUACUGACAGCCAACUAUGUCUACAGUCAGCUCCUAAAGGAAACACUUCAUAUUUUGUCCAUACUCCUCAUUCUUUGAUGUUACAGGAUGUUAAGGCUGUGAUAACUCAUUCUAUUCAUAGUACACUAAACUCUGUUGGUGGAAUACAAGUGCUGUUUCCGUUAUUUUCUCAGUUGGAUAUGCCAUAUGAUUCUGUUGAUAAUAGGAGAGACCCUACAUUAUGUUCCAAAUUGCUUGGUUUUAUUUGUGAACUUGUAGAAAGUUCACCCACUGUCCAACAACAUAUGAUACAGAACCGUGGCUUUCUUGUAAUUAGUUACAUGCUUCAGCGAUCAUCUCGAGACCAUCUUACUCUUGAAGUAUUAAGCUCUUUUUUAGGAUUGACUAAAUAUUUAGUCACUUGUCUUUGUGCAAAUAGUGAACUACUGCUUAAACAAUUAUUGGAUCACAUACUGUUUAAUCCAGCCCUUUGGAUAUACACUCCUGCUGCAGUACAUACAAGAUUGUAUUCUUAUCUUGCAACUGAAUUUCUUGCUGAUACUCAAAUUUAUUCAAAUGUGCGAAGAGUUUCAACUGUUUUGCAAACUAUACAUACACUCAAAUAUUAUUACUGGGUGGUUAAUCCUAGAGCAAAGAGUGGGAUAACACCUAAAGGUUUAGAUGGACCUAGACCAGCCCAAAAGGAUAUUCUUGGAGUACGGGCUUACAUAUUGAUUCUUCUGAAACAGUUAAUGAUGGGAGGUUCAGGUGUAGUUCGUGAAGACGAAUUGCAAAGUGUACUGAAUUAUAUCUCUACUGUUCAUGAAGAUGAGAAUUUGCAUGACGUAGUUCAAACAUUAAUUUCUCUUUUAUCUGAACAUCCUGCAGCAAUGGUACCAGCCUUUGAUGCUAAACAUGGAGUACGCUGCGUGUUUAAGCUCUUGGCAUCACAAAGCCAUCUAAUCCGACUACAGGCAUUGAAGUUACUUGGCUUUUUCUUAAGUAGAUCUACUCACAAGAGGAAGUAUGAUGUAAUGAGUCCUCACAAUCUGUAUACUCUUUUAGCAGAAAGAAUUUUAUUGAAUGAGGAAACACUAACUUUACCCACUUAUAAUGUUCUAUAUGAGAUCAUGACUGAACACAUUAGCCAGCAAAUAUUGUAUACACGACACCCUGAACCGGAAUCACAUUUCCGUCUUGAAAAUCCAAUGAUUCUCAAAGUUGUUGCUACAUUGAUCAGACAGUCUAAACAAACCGAAACUCUUCUUGAAGUAAAAAAAUUGUUCUUGCAAGAUAUGACAUUAUUGUGUAAUAACAAUAGAGAAAACAGGCGAACUGUUCUACAGAUGUCUGUAUGGCAAGAAUGGUUAAUUGCAAUGGCUUACAUUCAUCCUAAGAAUUCUGAAGAGCAGAAGACAUCAGAUAUGGUUUAUUCCUUGUUUAGAAUGCUACUGCAUCAUGCCAUUAAACAUGAGUAUGGAGGAUGGAGGGUAUGGGUUGAUACUUUGGCGAUAGUUCAUUCUAAGGUUUCAUAUGAAGAAUUUAAGUUACAAUUUGCUCAGAUGUAUGAGCAUUAUGAAAGGCAAAGGUCAGAUAACAUAACAGAUCCUGCUUUGAGACAACAGCGACCUAUCAGUACUAUAUCUGGCUGGGAACAACAAGCUACAAGAACAGUUUAUGAGGAGUUAACUGAAACCACUAAUAAUGAGAAUGAGGUAAAAAACGAUGGGGCAGAUGAUAGUUCUAAAUGGACAAAAGAUGAGGUACAAAAGUUGCAAAAGAUUCAAGAUUCACCAACUGCUAUGACCUUAACUUUACAUGACAUUGGAGAAAUUAAUGUACCUGAUGUUGAUAAUCCAACAAUUCAAAAUGAAGAUAAAAAAUCAUUUGCAUUAGAUUCCGGUAAUGUCAGUUUGGAAAUGAAUAAACUUGAAAUGGAAAACAGUGAGGAAGAGAUAAAGUUCAGAGAUAAUAUUUUGAAUGCAAAUGAUAAUAUGUUGAAAGUAGAAGCAGAAGACAUGGCAAUUUUAGACAAUUUUUGUGAAUUAAAUAGAGUAGGAGACAGUGAUAAUUCUGAAGUUUAUCUAACACCAACGGGUACUGAUGGUGAAAGAAAAGACGACUCACAAAACACAGAACUUAGUAGUGAAAUUUAUUCCGUCCAAAAUAGAGAUGAUUCUGAGGUGAGUUGUGUUUCAAGUAAUGAGAUUGUUGUAACUGAGGUUGUAACUUCUAAUGAUAGUUGCUCAAAUAACUCACUAGAAAAGUUUGAUGAAGAAUCCAGCAUUCCCGAGGUAGUUGAUAAAAUACCGUCCACAGUAUUAGAAAAUAAAGAAAUAGACAAUUCAGAUGGUGCCUCAAAAUUAUCUAGUUUUCCAGAUUCUAAAAAAACAGAAGCUCAAGUUUUUGUAAAUUCUUUAAAUGGAACCAUUGAUACAUUGAAUAAAAUUGGAAAAAGUGUAGAGUCUGGUGAUGAUGUUAAAGAAGUAGAAGAUGAUGUAGAAAACAACAAAAAUUCAAAUGAAAGUAACAUUGAACAAACACCUCUUGUUUCUGAAACAACACCACUUCCAACUGAAGAUAAGAAUAGCAAAUUGAUUGAAGAUAAGAAUGGUAAAAUUAGUGAAGAAACAACAGAGGAUAUUGAACUUAAAGAAAACAAUAUUGUUGAACCAGAUACAUCAACCAGUACAACAAAUCAGGAAUCGAGUGAAUUGGAAGAAAGUUCUGGAAGUAGUACUUUAAAACUAUAUACUACUGAUAGUGACCUGUUUAUUACAACUGAUAAAAGUGAAGAAAAUAUAACUCCACAUGAACCAAAUAUUGAAGAUAACAGCAACAGCAAUAAAGUUGAAAGUACUGUCAUUCAAGUUCAAACGAUCCAAGAGAGAAAACCUAGUAGUUCAUCAAUGUCAACACAGGUUGAGCCUGGUCAUUUUCAAGAAGUUAAAAGGACAAAAGGAGUACAAGAAGCCAAUGGCCGACCUAUGUUUAGUCCUGGACCAUCUAGGCCACCCUUUCGGAUUCCUGAAUUUAAGUGGUCAUAUAUACAUCAGAGAUUGUUAUCUGAUGUUUUAUUUUCAAUUGAAACUGACAUUCAAGUUUGGAAAAGCCAUUCUACCAAAUCCGUCCUUGAUUUUGUCAACAGUAGUGAGAAUGCUAUUUUUGUUGUUAACACUGUUCAUUUGAUAUCACAGUUAGCUGAUAACUUAAUUAUUGCCUGUGGUGGUCUCCUUCCUCUGCUUGCUUCAGCAACAUCUCCUAGCAGUGAACUAGAUGUUAUGGAGCCAACUCAGGGAAUGCCUAUUGAAAUUGCAGUAUCGUUUUUACAACGCCUUGUUAAUCUAGCAGAUGUGUUGGUAUUUGCAAGCUCAUUAAACUUUGGAGAGCUAGAAGCUGAAAAAAAUAUGUCAAGUGGCGGAAUAUUGAGACAAUGUCUCCGUUUGGUUUGCACUUGUGCUGUCCGGAAUUGUCUUGAAUGUAAAGAACGCAAUCGUCUUCUAAGCUCUUCAAAUAUAAACUCAAAGUCAACUCAUUUGCAGUCAUUGAUUCGAGGUGCUCAAGCUUCUCAGAAGGAUGUUGGGGAAGCUGUGCCUAGCCAAGGAAAUCCUGUUAAGGAUCCUGAAAAACUGUUGCAAGAUAUGGAUGUUAACAGGUUAAGAGCUGUUAUUUAUAGAGAUGUGGAAGAAACAAAACAGGCCCAGUUUUUAUCACUUGCUGUUGUCUACUUUAUUUCUGUAUUAAUGGUCAGUAAAUAUAGAGACAUUUUGGAACCUCCUGUGGCCAGGAUUCCAACACCACCUGUUACCCUUAACAAUCAACAGUCUAGUGACAGUCCUCCUGCUGAAGGAGACUGUGAUGUAAUUGUGGUUGAGGAAAAUAACCCAUCUAUCCUUACAGGAACUCCUCAUGAAAAUAAUGGUCCACCAUCCAUCAAGCGCUCUCCAUAUUCUCAUCAUACAUUUGAGAUUGAGGACCAGAGAUUCAUUGGAAGACAUCAUCCAGUGAAUGUCUCUAACAAGAGUAUUGGAUCUGUGGAUGAAGUAAUUUCUGUAACUUCUUUAGCAGUAAGUGAAGCUGACAGUAAUACUACUGCAGAUACUAUCCAUGAAGAUAAUAAACUCAGCAAUAUUGUUACCAAUGAAGAAAAUUGGACUGAUGUUAAUCUCAAUGAGGAUACUGAACAUAGAAAUGUGCAUAAUUUACAGUUUAGAGGUUUGGUAAGAGAUAGUGAGGGAAAUAUUUCUCGAGGUGAGAAACCACAUUCAGAGAUUAGUGUUGUAGUUGUUCCUGGAGGAAAUGAAAUUCCACUUUCAAGUCAACAUCCUGACGAAUUAGCAAUCAAAAGUCUUCCUCUUCCUUCAGCAACAUCAACUCCUAACCCAACUCCGUCUCGUGAGGCAUCAUUGACUCAAAAACUUGAAACUGCUCUUGGCUCUGUGUGUCCCCUUCUUAGAGAAAUAAUGGUUGAUUUUGCUCCUUUCUUAUCAAAAACAUUAGUUGGUUCACAUGGACAAGAGCUGUUAAUGGAAGGAAAAGGUCUCAUUACAUUCAAAAAUAGCCACUCAGUCGUUGAAUUGGUGAUGUUACUAUGCUCUCAAGAAUGGCAGAAUUCUUUGCAAAAGCAUGCUGGUUUAGCAUUCAUUGAGCUUAUCAAUGAAGGAAGGUUAUUAUCACAUGCCAUGAAAGAUCAUAUAGUUAGAGUUGCUAAUGAAGCUGAAUUUAUUCUCAAUAGAAUGCGAGCUGAUGAUGUAUUAAAACAUGCAGAUUUUGAGUCGCAAUGUGCUCAGACAUUAUUGGAUCGAAGGGAAGAAGAAAGAAUGUGUGAUCAUUUGAUUACAGCAGCAAGAAGGCGGGAUAAUGUUAUUGCUGGUAGAUUACUUGAAAAAAUAUGUAACAUCCUUUCCAACAAACAUGGAGCGUGGGGAUAUGUUGAUCCAAAUGCAACUAAGCUGUCUGAGUUUUGGAAGUUAGAUGCUUGGGAAGAUGAUGCUCGUAGAAGAAAAAGACUGAUACAUAACCCUAGAGGCUCAAGUCAUCCUCAGGCUACACUUAAAGCAGCUAUUGAACAUGGUGCUCCAGAUGAUGCUAUUUUACAGGCGAGAAAUGAAUUUCAUGCACAGCUAGCAGCAUCUUAUUCACAACAGGUUCAAUCUACGGAUUUGUUAGAUGAUGGUGAUCUAUUGACGGAUGACAGAGAUCUAGAUAUAGAUCUUCCGGGUCCUGUCAACAUGAGUACAAAAGGAAAGUUGAUAGCACCUGGCAUAGUUGCACCUGGCAUGAUUUCCAUAACAUCAAGUGAACUUUACUUUGAAGUGGAUGAAGAGGAUGAUGAAUUUAAGAGAUUAGAUUCUGAGGUGAUAAAGUACUGCGACCACCUCCAUGGAAAAUGGCACUUCUCAGAGGUACGUGCCAUAUUUUCCAGGCGCUACCUUCUCCAAAAUUGUGCUAUCGAGAUAUUUUUGGCCAGCAGGACAUCCAUUAUGUUUGCAUUCCCGGAUCAGACAACUGUCAAACGUGUCAUCAAAGCUUUGCCAAGAGUUGGCGUAGGUAUAAAAUACGGCAUACCGCAAACAAGGAGAGCUUCUAUGAUGUCUCCAAGACAACUCAUGAGAAAUUCCAACAUGACCCAAAAAUGGCAGAGAAGAGAAAUUUCCAAUUUCGAGUACUUGAUGUUUUUAAAUACCAUUGCUGGACGAACCUAUAAUGAUCUGAAUCAGUAUCCAGUUUUCCCUUGGGUGCUUACUAAUUAUGAAGCUAAAGAUCUAGACUUGAGUUUACCUGCAAAUUACCGAGAUUUGUCUAAGCCAAUCGGAGCCUUGAACCCAAGCCGAAAAGCCUAUUUUGAAGAACGCUACAAUAGCUGGGAACAUGAUAGCAUUCCACCAUUUCACUAUGGAACACAUUAUUCUACUGCAGCAUUUGUUCUGAAUUGGAUGAUAAGAGUGGAGCCAUUUACCACCAUGUUUCUUGCUUUACAAGGAGGAAAAUUUGACCAUCCAAAUCGUCUAUUUUCUUCUAUUGCCUUGUCAUGGAAAAAUUGUCAACGAGACACGUCAGAUGUAAAGGAACUCAUUCCAGAAUUAUUUUUCCUGCCAGAAAUGCUAACUAACUAUAAUAAUUACAAACUUGGGCACCAAGAUGAUGGUACGUGUGUUGGAAAUGUUGACCUACCACCAUGGGCUUCUUCUCCUGAAGAAUUCAUUAGAAUAAAUAGAAUGGCUUUGGAAUCUGAAUUUGUUUCAUGCCAGUUACACCAGUGGAUUGAUCUUAUAUUCGGAUAUAAACAAAGAGGACCAGAGGCAGUUCGAGCCACCAAUGUUUUCUAUUAUCUGACAUAUGAAGGCAGUGUCGAUAUGGACGGAAUCACCGAUCACUUGAUGCGUGAAGCAAUCGAAAAUCAAAUUCGUAACUUUGGACAAACACCUUCUCAGUUACUUAUGGAACCUCAUCCUCCAAGGAGCUCAGCCAUGCAUCUUAGUCCUAUGAUGUUUACUGCUGUUCCGGAUGAUAUUUGUAUGACCAUGAAGUUUCCAUCAAACUCAGCAAUAUGCCAUAUUUCUGCCAACACUUACCCACAGUUACCAUUACCAUCUGUAGUUACAGUGACUGCUAAUCAUCAAUUUGCUGUAAACAGAUGGAACUCUAGUUAUGUUGCUACGGUCCAGCCUCCUAGUUAUGCUGAAGCCCCCCAAAAUCAAAAUACAAAUUUACCACUGACAAUGGAUCCAUUAUUAUUUCAAACCAACAGUAAUCCCAACAUGGCUCAAAAACGUCAUUUAGGAGACAACUUUAGUCAAAAACUCAAGGUGAGGUCUAAUUGUUUUGUGACAACAGUGGACAGUCGAUUUUUGGUUGCUUGUGGUUUUUGGGACAAUAGCUUUAGAGUUUUCUCUACUGAAACAGCUAAAAUUGUUCAAAUAGUAUUUGGGCAUUACGGAGUUGUUACUUGCCUUUCAAGAUCUGAAUGUAAUAUUACAUCUGAUUGUUAUAUUGCUUCUGGUUCUGCUGACUGCACUGUAUUAUUAUGGCAUUGGAAUGCGAGAUCACAAACUAUUGUUGGUGAAGGUGAUGUACCUACUCCUAGAGCGACUUUAACUGGACACGAACAGCCUGUUACUGCUGUUGUUAUAUCAGCUGAACUUGGCCUUGUUGUUUCAGCUUCAAUUGAUGGCCCUGUGCUUGUGCACACAACCUUCGGGGAUUUAUUGCGUUGCCUUGAUGCCCCAGCUGGCUUCAUUAGCCCAGAGAGUAUUGCAAUGGCUCGUGAAGGAAUAAUUGUAGUUAAUUAUGAAAAAGGAAACGUUGCAGUGUUUACAAGCAAUGGUAAAAGAUUGAGAUAUGAAGUUCAUAAUGACAACUUGCAGUGCUUAUUAUUAAGCCGGGAUGGAGAAUAUUUAAUGACUGGAGGUGAUAAAGGUAUAGUUGAAGUGUGGCGCACUUUCAACUUAUCAUUACUAUAUGCUUUCCCAGCAUGCGAUAGUGCUGUCCGAUCUCUUGCUUUGACACAUGAUCAAAAAUUUUUACUAGCUGGUCUAGCAACUGGAUCAAUUGUGAUGUUCCAUAUAGAUUUCAAUAGAUGGCAUCAUGAAUUUCAGCAAAGAUACUAGUCAAGACUCCAACUUUUAAAAAAAAUAUUUCUGGUUAAAUCAAUGCAUACCAAGUAAAAGUUGUUAUUAAUGGAAAACUAAUACUAGAAAUUUAAUUUAAAGUAUGAUAAAUGUUAUUCAUUUUUAUCAUACAUUGAAUAGAAUGAAUAUUAAGAAUUAUAUUUUUUAGUAAAUAUAGUUCAUGAUAGGUGCAUUUUAUGUGUUGUUAAAUCUAAAAGUUGCAUUAAACAUUCCUUGGGAAACUAACCAUGUACUUAAGAAUCAGUAGAAGUACUUAAUUAAUAGUAGGUCUUAAGAAUUAUUUGUAUAAUAGCAUUUAAGCUUUGAAAGGACUGUUUUUUGGUGUUUGUGUUUAUUAUGAAAUAUAUAUAUAUAUAUAUAUAUAUAUAUAUAUAUAUAUAUAUAUAUAUAUAUAUAUAUAUAUAUAUAUAUAUAUAUAUAUUUGUGUUGUUAAACCUAUCAAGUGGAAAAAAAUAAAAAAGAUCCCCUGAGGGCUUCACUUCGCAGUAUAGGAAUCUACAAAUACUUUAAAAUAAGUUUAACAUAGUAAGCUAUUUGGAAAGAAAAAAUAUUAUUGCUGAUUGUUUGAGGUUGAUUUCAUUCCUUUUUAAUUAAAUAAUUUAGCCAGGUAAACAAUAUAUUACAGUGAAUAGCCCUUAUACUAAUGUGUAUGUAUAAAUUUAAUUUAAAUAUUUAACUUGAAAAGUAUUGUCUAUUUCAUUUGACCUAUAGACAUAAAGUUCAUCUGCAACCAAAAUGUUGAUCUCAUUAUGUACUUAAUAUCACCAAAUUCUUAAACAUUCUCAUAAUUAUAUUUUUAUGGGGAAAAAAGAAUAAAAGUAAAACUCAAAUUAAAAUAUUAAUUUUAAUCUUUGAUAUAUUUAAUAACUUUGUGUAUUAUGAAUUUAAAAUAAUUAUUUUUGUGAAAGAAUAGCAAGCUUGAGUUUAAAGAAAUGAUUAUUCCAUUAGAAAGUUUCAUUUCUUGACACGGAUACUGCCAAUAUUUAAUGAAAAUGCAGAUAUAUUUUUUAUUGCAAUUUAAAUUAAAAUGUUCAGUUCUUAUGCAACCCUUUAUGCUCAUCAGUUAUUCAGUUUUUAUAUGCCCAAAUUAAACUAAUUUAUUAUGGGAGGUAAUAUAAAGCAUAGGAAAGAAGCUUUAUGCCAUAGAAGUAUUGUUAAUGAGUCUUAUAUGAAUGAAUAUAUUAAAUAGACUUUAAUCUCUGAUAGAAAUUAAGAUUAGUGUUUUUCUUAUAGUAUUGAAUAGCAUUUACAUUCAGCUAGCCACUGUAUUAAUGAAGGAUUAUGGUACCUUUGUUCAGAAAUCUCUGGCAGCUUAGUAUUACUUGAGUUAAUGUUACUGACUGCCUCUAAGAAAAGUGUUUUAAAGGAUCAAACUAAAAAUAUUACCUGGCUAAAUCAAAUCUAUUACCAAAUGAAAAUAUAUCAUACCAGGUGGGCGAUACUGAAUUUUACUUUAAUUAUUAUUUUAAUUUUAUGAGGACUGAUGUAUGAUUAAGAAUAAAUUAUAUAUUUAUUGUGCUAUAAACCACAUAGUACAUUAAAGUACCUCAAAAAAUUUAAUUCCUAAGCACUGUAUGUAUUAAUUUUCUAGCACCUUUAAUUGCUGUUACCGAUAAAUUCAAAAGUAUUUUAUUAGUUGUUAUUGUACUUAUUUUUGUUUUAUAAUUGUGAAUCAUGAAAGUAUUCUUUUUUCAUACAAAUAAUUUAAUUGUUUCAAAAUAUUUUGAUAUAAGGAGUUGCAAUGAGUUGUUUCAAUGGUGUGUAUGUGUGUUUGUAUAUAAACUGUGUGAUUAUACUGUUUUUCUUAAAGUAACAUUUUUCACAAAUAUAUGCUUAUUAUUGAUGAUUUAAGCGAUGAAAAUUAAUACUGUGCCAAAUUUGUGAUUUGGGAAGUUUUUUAACUUGAAUUCAUACUGGCCUUUGUAGUAUAUUCUCAAUCCCUCCAGGACAUGUAUUAUUACUGUAAUAUAUUCCAUUUGAAAAAUGCUUAAUUUCCAAGUUCUGUAAAUAAAUUUAAACUCAUUUACCUGUAACGUUUGGCUAUGUAAUGUUUAGGCAAUGUGAUAUUUUGAACAGACACAAGAUUUGAUAAUAUUUUGACAUAAUAACAAAUAUUAUUCAGCAUAUAUAUUAUAUAUUUAAAUAAAAUAAUCUAUUGUUUGAAAAAGAAACUUAGUUUUAUUUAUUCAGCAAAUUAAAAAAAAAAACAAAAAAAAAAUAACUGAUAAAAACAAGAUUUUACAUCUGUAACAAAAUAGUACUUGUUCAGUUCCUACUUGUCACUAAUAUUAAUUUAAUAUUUGAAUAGUUCUUUAAAUAUUUGUUGAAAUUAUUAUCUUUGAUGAAUAAUAUUAAUCAUGGAUUAUAAUUAAAUUAUUACAUUUAUAUAUUUUUUUCAAAUGUUUUACAAUAAUAUAUUGUACAGUUGUAAAUAAUUUGGAUCAUGCAAAUUCAUAACCUUAAAAAUAGUGAAAGGACAAGUUUUUGAAAAUAGCAUUGCAUCAAAACAUAUUGAUCAUUAUAAAUAUUUUAUUUUUUCAAUUAUUCUUACAAUGUAUGAUAUACAGAUAUAUACAACUAAUAAUUUCUACAUCUUAACAGAUUCCAAGAGUAUCUUUAGUAUCUUGCAAAUAAAUGUAUUCUUAAUUUACAGAACAAGUAGGGACUAAAACACUUGAAUGUUAGAAAAAAAAAUCAGGUACAUGAGUUGCUUCAAUAUUAAAUUUAUAAUUAGCCAACAAGUAGUGCCCAGAUCACUUUUAAUGUUAACAAUGGUAAGGUUUUUAUAAGUAAUGUAUUUAUAGAUUAGUAAGAGCAUAGAGAGCUUAAAUCAGGAACUUAUUUAAAUGUGUCAUUCCUUUUUAUUCCCAUUAUAUAUAAUUAUAAUACUAUUCGGUUAUUGAUUAUAAAAAAAAUGAUCUUAAAAAUUAAAUGUGAAUAUGAGGAAUAACAUUCUUUAAAGAAUAACUGAAUGGGGUUAGUAAUUUAGUAAAUAGAGAACUGACUUCCUAUUAUGAAAUGCAGAUUCAUAAGUGAAUAGUAUUUCAAAGGUAACAAAUGCUUGCAUGUAUAUUGAAACUUGUAGAUGAAAAGAAUAAAAUUCUUCAAAAUUUGGCCGAUUCCGUUUUAAGCUCUUUGUCAAAGUUUAAUGUUACUGAGUAUAUUGCCACUUUUGAGCUUUUUAUUUGUGUGCAUUUAAAAGAGUGGUAAUUUUUUUUAUCCUUAAUCCAAUACAUAGUUUUUACUAAACUAAUAUUUUAACAAAAUUGUUUGUUACUUUUAUUAAAUAUGAAAUUUGAAUAGGUAUAACAAUUUUGAUGAUAUUAAUUUAUGUGGCAAUGUACUUAAAAAUUAGUAUGUUUUAUCUUAACAAUGAUACAUUCCAGAACAAAUACUUAGACAAAUAAAUGUUGUUGCAAUUUUUUUUUUUUUUUUGUGUAUACUUUAUCUAAUUCCAGUAGAUGGGAACUCAUAUGGCGUAUAAGAAAUUUUUCAAAAUUAUUUGUUUUAUUUUAAUCUUCCUUUUAUUAGAAUCUAUUAGGCUUUAUGUUCAGUCAUUUUGUUAAUAUACACAUUAUUGCUGAUGUUAUUUUUUCUUACACAUUUUAACCUCAAUACCUAUAUAGUUAUUUUACCUAGUUAUUUACAUAUAAGUGAUGUAAAUGAAAAUUGUUAAUAAAUGUGUUCUUUAGGAUUUUUUGAGUUUAAUUAUUUAUCCUUCCUAUUUCAAAUUAAUAGUCAUCACUUGAAGAGUGCAACAGGAAUAUUAAGGGAGAAUUAUAAUUAAUCAAACACCUAAAGUACAUUUUGUUUUAUUAUAAAUAGUUAUGGCGAUAAAGAUAGAAGCAAUAUGAACACAAAUGUACAACAACAUAUUUCAGUCAAUAUACACACUCCUAUACAUAUUUUCAGUGCAUAUAUUUCUAUGUGUAGGUGCAAAGUGAAUUUAUACCUUGUGCAAUAAAAGGACAUUGCAGCAAAUCUUUUAACUUCUCAAAUUUUUAUUUGCUCAUUUCUCUUUGGAAAAACAAACAUUUUUGUACUAUUGACAUUAACUUUGAUUUUAAACUUUAAAUACAUAAAAAUUAGUUGUUUUUUUUUAUAUCAUCUUAAAGAUCUAAAACAAAGCUUCAAUACCUGCUUUUAACAACAACUGGAUGACACAAGCAAUCAUAGUAAGUCCAUUUAAAGAAUAAUAUAUUGUAAUUAUACAAAAAUUAUUGUAUUAAAUUAUUAACUAUUAUAUUAAACAAUAGUUUACUAUAAUAAAUUACUAAGAAAAAUAAUAAAAAUAGUUUACCACAAUGUUCUUUAAUUGCUAAAUCCUUUGUAUAUGAGGUACAUCAAUAUACAUAAAAUAUAUACAACCAAAAGGAUAUAAAUUUUGCACCUACCCAACAAAUACACUAACAUUGAAGGAAAAUACAUAUAACUUAUAUGUACGUUUACAGUGCAUCUCAUUUUUACAUUCCUUGUACCUGAACACUAGUAGUGAAAUGCACCAGGUUUUAUGAAGUAACUUCUCAUAUAAUCAUUUACUUUAUUACACUUUUUUAUACAUACUCAUAAUAACUUCACAUUACUAAUCACUUUUUUUUUUCUUUUUUCUAAUUUUUUUUUUUAUUAAUAAUUUUAUAAGAAUGACUUAGAUUUUUACAGAGUAAUGAAAUAUACAUUAAAAUAAGUAAUAAUUAACCAGUGAAUUCUCACUGUUUGUAUAAAUCAUCUACAUGUGACAGAAUACAUUUAGUAAUAAUAAAGUUUUAAACACCAAUAACAAACUUUCAUUUCUUAAACAACAUUUAAGUAAUUUAAAUAUGUAUUCAUGAGAUCAUAAUAUCAUCAUAAAUCAUGGUUAAAAUUUUCGGAUUUGAAGAAACACUUUGUUUUCUAAAAAACUAAUACAAAUCAUAUGAAACAUACAAAAUAUAUAUAAAAAAAUGAAGACAAUAUAAAUAUAUAUAUAAAAAAAAUUGAAUUAUUUACAAAACAUAACAGAAAAACUGAUGGCAGUGGUGUCAAUAGGCAAUACUGUUGGCAUUUUGAAGAAUGGUAAGACAUUUGCCACAAAAAAGAAUAUAUGCAAGUUAUUUAGUAACACUUCUUUGCACAAGCACAUUUCCUCACUAUGUCUAUGUCUUUUGUGUAACGUCUACCAUUCUGGCAAAUUAGACGAACUUUACGACGCUUAGUUUUUCUUACUCGGCAGCAAGAACCUCCACAACCUCCUUCACAUUUAGCUAAUUUGAGUGGUUUUCGAGACCUGCAGCCAUUUUCAGAGUAAAAUUCUCUUGUUUGUUCUUUGCGGCAUGUAGGUGCUACAA